GAGGCGGCUGUCUCUCACGAACUCACGUCGCUCUCGCCCGUCUCCGCGCUGGUGCUCUACGGCGCGGGGCUGCUCACCUCCCUCACGCCGUGCUGCCUGUCGAUGUUGCCGCUCACGAUGAGCUACAUCGGCAGCGGAAGCUUUGACGAGGGUGGCGGCGGCGGGUCCCAGUCUUCCUCCUCCUCCUCCUCCUCCUCCUUUGGCGCGUCGCUCGCGUUCGCGGGCGGGCUCGCGUGCUCCCUUUCCGCGCUUGGCGUCGCGGCCGCGUCGGCGGGAGCGAUGCUCGGCAGCGGCACCGAGUCUGCGUCCUUCGCCGCGCUCCGGCUGCUCGUCUCGCUGCUGACGUGCGUGCUCGGCCUCAACCUGCUCAAGGUCCUGCCGUUCGAGCUCCCUUCCCUGGAGCUGUCGACCGGCGGCGUCUCGCUUCCGCGGCCCGCCCGAGCCUUCCUCUUCGGCGCCUCCUCCGCGCUCGUGGCCUCGCCGUGCGCCUCGCCCGUGCUCGUCUCCCUCCUGGGCUUUGUCGCCACUCAGGGCGACCCGCUGCUGGGCGCCGCGCUCCUCACCGCCUACUCGCUUGGCGAGACCACGCCAGUCCUCCUCGCCGGCAUCGCCGCCGGCUCGGCGACGAGGAUCGUGAGCGCCCAGCGCAGGUUCGAGUGGGUGACUCCGGCGAGCGGCUCUGCGCUCUUGGCCAUCGGGACGUACAAC